ACAGGCGCCCAUCUUUUGUCCCCUCGCCCGCAAUCCACCCACCUCUCGAGCUCACAAAAAUCGCUCGCCCCCCUCCACCUCCACCUCGCUCCCGCCGCCUCCACCACCCAUCUCCGCCCUCGUCCGCUCGCCGGCAAGCCGCUGCUGCUGCAGCUGCUUGCUCGUCUCGUCUCCCCAUCCCUGGGCGGGGCGCGGUGGGAGGGGGGCGGGGGACUCGCCACCGCUCUCCGUUCCGUGGGUGUCUCUGCACUCUGCUUUGCUCCUCUUCUUCCCCCCCUCUGGUUCCACCCCCGCGCGGCGGAGCGCGGGGGAAGGGAUCCACAGAUGCUGUUCUGCUGCCCUGCUUCUCCUCCCCCUCCAAUCCAAGCUUCUUCUCUCCCGCCGUUCCGGACGAACAGCUUGUCUCCGACCGUACGUGGCGGGAAUGCCGCGCCACGACGCCCUCUCGCGCGGUCUUUCUCGGCCAAGAACCGGUCCCCGCGAGCGCGGAACCGCCACGCGGCAGCAGGUGAUGGUGGUGGUUAUGGGUCUCCGGAGCAAGAGGGGCGUGGGGAAUCGUCCCUCCCGAACGCCGAGGCGCUCGCGUCCUCGCUGCGUGAUUGCGGCGGCGCGGACGGCGUCCGGCGGGUGCACGCGGUUGCUGUCCGGUCGCUCGACAGCCUGGGGACGUUCGUCGCCAACAAUUUGAUCAGCGCGUAUGCCAGGUUCGACGAGGUUUCGGAUGCCAGGGAGGUGUUCGACGAAAUGCCGGAGAGGAGUGUUGUGUCGUGGACGGCGAUGAUGAAUGUGUAUCUGAAACUAGGACACUACGGCGAGGUUGUGAGGCUCUUCUUUGAUAUGGUGGGAAGCGGAGUGCAAGGUAACAGCUUGACUUUUGUUUGCUUGCUGAAAUCAUGCGGCGAGCGUUGCGAUGCUAAGCUAGGGCAGCAGGUCCACUGUUGUAUUGUCAAAGGUGGGUGGAGCAAUGUGAUAGUGGACAGUGCUAUUGCACACUUCUAUGCUCAAUGCGGUGAUGUUGCUAGUGCUUCAGCCAUAUUUGAUAAGAUGGCCUAUCGUGAUGUCAUCUCAUGGACAACAAUGAUCACAGCUUAUGUGCAGCAUGGGCAUGGGGGCCAAGCUCUUAGAAUGUUUUCAGAAAUGGUGUCAGAAGGAUUUCGACCAAAUGAGUUCACUGUGUGCAGUGUCCUCAAGGCUUGUGCAGAAGAGAAAGCUGUGAGAUUUGGGAAGCAGCUGCAUUGUGCUGUUUUGAAGAAAAUGUACAAAAAUGACAUCCAUAUCGGCAGUGCCCUUGUCACCAUGUAUGCUAGAUGCGGUGAAGUUUUUGAUGCUCAGGCAGUGUUUGAUAUGAUGCCACGAAGAAACACUAUUACAUGGACUUCUAUGAUCUCUGGCUAUGCACAAAGUGGCCAUGGAGAAAAGGCUAUCUUGUUGUUCAGAAAGAUGAAGAUGCGCCGAGUAUUUGUUAACAACCUCACCAUUGUUGGUCUCCUAAGUGCCUGUGGCUCCUUACAGUCGCCUUAUCUUGGAAAGGAAUUGCAUGCUCAGAUAAUAAAGAAUUCUAUGGAAGAAAAUCUUCAAAUUGGGAGUACACUUGUUUGGUUCUACUGUAAAUGUGGAGAGUACACAUAUGCUGCAAGAAUUCUUGAAGCGAUGCCUGACCGUGAUGCUAUCUCAUGGACUGCUCUGAUUUCCGGCUACAAUAAUCUAGGUCAUAAUGUUGAAGCACUUAAAUCAUUAGAUGAUAUGCUAUGGGAUGGUGUAAAACCAAAUACAUACACUUACUCCUCGGCUCUGAAAGCUUGUGCAAAAUUGGAGGCUCUGCAAUAUGGAAGGAAGAUCCAUGGUUUUGUUAACAAGACUCAAGAUUUCUCCAAUGUGUUUGUGGGAAGCUCACUUAUCGAUAUGUACAUGAGGUGUGGAAAAGUCGACGAAGCCCGAAGUGUCUUUGAUGCCAUGCCAGAACAUAACCUUGUGACAUGGAAAGUGAUUAUUACAGGAUUUGCUCAGAAUGGCCUCUGUGAAGAGGCUUUGAAGUACAUGUACCUAAUGCAACAAGAAGGGCAUGAGGUUGAUGAUUUUGUGCUCUCAACAGUUCUGACAUCAUGUGGAGAUCUUCAAUGGAAAUCCAUCUCCUUCUCUGACUCAGUUGCUGGUUCAGUUUCAGCUAGGCAGUAGAUUAGUUCUCCCGUGGCAAAGAAGCUAGCACUUCUGUACAGUUACAGAGAUUUGUUAUUGUGCAAGAUCAGAAGACAUGUAGCACAAAAAGGUAACUCAAGGAGUGCAUACGUGUAUAUGUACUUUUAAGAGUACCACUACCUUCACUAACCAUUUGCCUUUUGGGUUCAUUACAAACCAUGCAUAUCUUCAGAAGAAAAAUUGUGAAAACUUUAGAAUGUUUUUUAUGCCUGUUUUAAUUCCCACUAUGGUUAUCUCUAUCAUUACAAUUGCAUUAACAUAUGAUCUGCAUAAUAAGCAUAAUGCUUGCACGCAUUAGCAGCUAAAUCAUUCUUCCAUAUCAUCCACUUAUCCACUUAGGCUGUGUUCGGAAUCGGACGUUCCCAGCGUGCACAGUAAGUACGGAAAACGAAGCGGUUCAUUAGCGUGUGAUUAAUUAAGUAUUGGCUAUUUUUUUUUCAAAAAUGGAUCAAUAUGAUUUUUUAAGCAACUUUCAUAUAGAAACUUUUUUGCAAAAAACGCACCGUUUAGUAGUUUGAAAAGAGUGCGCGCGGAAUACAAUGGAGAGGGGUUGGGAACCUUGAGUUCCAAACACAGCCUUAGAGUUCAUGCUGUGACUGCAAAAAAUUAAAGUUCAUUUGGUAAUUGAAUUCAUUAUAGCAAGUGUAUGUUUUUUUUUCAUGAAAUUGAUAUAUUUUAACUUAAAUAUGGGUUUUAACAUCUUUAUUUCAUACAUUCUCUAUUUGUUUUUUUAUUAAUCUAAACCAUCACAGUAAUUCACAUUCACUACAAUAUGAGGGCAUCUUGUUCUUAAAGAUCGUAACAUGUUCUUAUUUUAUCUUGUUUCUCCACAAUUUUCCUAGUUUAUUUUCAACAGGGAUUUGAAGUGCUGUCCUAAAUUUAACAAACUGAAGACUCUGGUACUUAAUGAUUGGUGUGUGGCUUCUGACCUCAAUGCACUAAUUUAUUUUCUGCAACACUCACCAGUUCUGGAGAAGCUUACACUACAGCUUUCCAAGACAUGAAAAGAUUCAUUGCAAACAACUGGAAAUUACAAGUAUCUUAAGAAGGUUCCAUUUGACCUUAAGAAGGUUGAAAGCAAAUGUGAUGAAGUUGAUGAAAGAGUUUGUGAAGUUCUCAAGAUCUUGAGUGCUUAUGUAACACCGCUCCAAAUUGAUAUGAGAGAUAUAUGUGAGUUAAAUAUUUAAUACCACUCCUUUCAAUUUAUCAAAAUAUCUAUAAAUUGUAACCAUGCAGUGAGGAAAAUAUUUGGCUAAUUAGAGGGAAGCAAUUGUUCAGGACAGGUAGAAACUCUCCCCAUAUUUCAUGAACAGAAAGUGAAAGCAAUUGUCAAGCAUCAUCAUACAUAAGCAUAUAAAAUGAGUUUCGUUUGAA